UAAUAGAAUAAAUAGAAUGGUUUGUACCAGUAUUGUUGAAGGGAAUUUAUCUUGCUGAGCUAUAUUAAUUUUGAGAUAUAAUGUAAUUGAUCAGUCAACAGUUUUUUUUUUUUUUUUUUUUUUUUUAAAUAAGUAUGAUGACAUAUUAAUUUGCUGACAUAGCUUUGACGACUUUACUGAGAAAGAGGAAAACAUGCCCAUUUCAUGAAACUCUCAUCAGAGACGAAGAUGUCGAUGGCUGUCCUCGCUGUUGUCUCAGUGUUUUGUCUCGGUGUCACUUCAGUAGCUGGUCAGUAUUCCAGAGCCGACAUCCAGCUCAUCUCCGAAUUAUCAGCUGUCUCACCUGGAGAAACUGUUCGUAUCAUGUGUGGCGGGAUUCAUGACCAAUACAGCUAUGUUUGUUUAAACAGAAAUGGUUCUUCCAUCAUGAGACAGUACAGUUACUACUAUAUCAGUGUGACCUUCACUCGUUCUAUUGUGGAUGUCUCUGACACAGGCAGCUACACAUGUGGCCCCUGCUAUAGCUUCUACAAGAGCAGCUAUAGCAAGAGCAGCGCCAUUGAUAUCACUGUAGUUGUACUACAGAAGCCAAGUCUUUCACUGGAAACCAGCAGAGAGGUUCCUUGGGGUCAGUCUGCCCAGAUGAGAUGCUCCAUCUCCACACAGCACCAGGGUGGUACAUUCACCCUACAGCAGCUCUCUGGGUCAUUUACAGAGACAGUAGAAGACACGGGAACCUCUGCCCUCUUCACCAUCCCUCAAGUGGACUUUACCCACGAAGGAGCUUUCUAUUGCCAGUAUCAAACAAGGGUUUCCAGACGUCAUUUCACUUCCCCCCAAAGUGAUACUAUCAGCCUCUCUGUAAUAGUGGACCUUGUGCAGCCCAACAUCUCUCUCAGUGCCCCAGAUGGAGGGCUGUUCCGGGGGCCUCAGGGGCCAGAGGUGACCAGGGGCCACAGCCUCUCCCUCGUCUGCUCUACUGAGCCACAGCACCAAGGAGGCUCCUUCCACCUCAUCUUUGAUGGGUCUAACAGCACCAGGACUCAGCUCGCCAUCAACCACUCAGCCUCCUUCUACAUUCCUGAGGCAGACUACUCCCACCAGGGCAACUACAGCUGUGUCUAUGAGGUCACUGUGUCCAGCCGCACCUUCAAGUCAAGACAGACAGCACCACUGACAGUCAUCGUAAGAGGUUCUGCAAACAGAUAUGGAUUUCACAAUGGAGCUGUUGUACUACAGAACCCAAGUCUUUCAUUGGAAACCAGUAAAGAGGUUUCUUGGGGUCAGUCUGCCCGGAUGAGAUGCUCCAUCUCCACACAGCACCUGGGUGGUACAUUCACCCUGCAGCAGCUCUAUGGGUCAUUUACAGAGACAAAACGUCUAGGUCUAUAUCAAAACUCUGCCCUCUUCACCAUUCCUCAAGUGGACUUUAUCCAUCAAGGAGCCUACUACUGCCAGUAUCAAACAAGCGUCUCCAGACGUGAAUUCACAUCCUCUCAAAGUAAUACUGCCAGCAUUUCUAUAAUAGUGGACCUGGUGCAGCCCAACAUCUCUCUCAGUGCCCCAGAUGGAGGGCUGUUCUGGGGGCCUCAGGGGCCAGAGGUGACCAGGGGCCACAGCCUCUCCCUCAUCUGCUCUACUGAGCCACAGCACCAAGGAGGCUUCUUCCAUCUCAUCUUUGAUGGGUCUAACAGGACCAAGCUCGCCAUCAACCACUCAGCCUCCUUCCACAUCCCUGAGGCAGACUACUCCCACCAGGGCAACUACAGCUGUGUCUAUGAGGUCACUGUGUCCAGCCGCACCUUCAAGUCAACACCGACAGCCCCACUGACCGUCAUCGUAAGAGCAUCCCUGGUUCCCAUUGUAUCUGGAGUGACUUCAGUGUUGAUCUUUUUUGUGGUGAUUCCUGCCAUACUCUGCCUGGUGAAGAAAAUGUGCUUGACCGACACGCCCCAGGAGAACAGUGAUCCACCACGCUCUGUGAGCAGAAUUGGAUUUCAUAGUGGACCAGAUAACUCUGAUGAAGAUGAGGGCAUCUAUAUGAACACAGCUAAGCGUGCUAUGCAGAAGUAUCGAAGUAAAGACUCUGAUGGGGAUAUGGAAGAAGUGUAUGCGAAUGUAGAGGAGAUUCACAACUGCUCAACUGCCAUAUUCAGUGAUGUUGAGGUGGAUGACAUCUAUCAGAACUAUAAAUGA